AUGAGCAAUUGGGCUGUAUACACGUGCGUAAUCAGUAUCAGUAUUGUUGAGGACGCCGAGUCAUUGACGUGGAAGGGCGUCACCCUUGAGUCCUUCCCUCCAUGUUUCUUUUCCCCACUGUUGAGGAUGGCAGGACUGUCAGGACCACUGACUGAAACGCGCGCACAGAAGGUACUUUUCUUUGUCGACACCAAUGCAGCUCUCCUGCAGUCGCCGAGCAUUGCUGGCCAGAUCAGCAGUGCAAUAGACAGGGUCCUGUGGGGUUUCACUGACGUGAGCAGGAGAGUAUGGUGGGGGUCCAAGUUCAUUGACAGCAGCGUGAGUUCCGUCUGCUAUGAGCGAAGGCUACGGGAAUGCAACAAUGAGCUCAAGCGGGUAGCUCUACAAACACCCACAUUUCGCCCACUCAUCCCAGAGCCCAAGCCCAUUCUGAAGGAUGAGUCUGGAAGGGUUCUAGUAGAGUCUUUGCAAGUAAAGGAAGAUACUAGUGCCCCCUAUGAGAGCUUCCACCAGGCAGUUAGAGAGCUUACACCACCAAUCCAAGCAGUGAGCGAAUCACAUUCAUGGCCUUCGAAGUGGAAGCAUAUCAGUGCCCCAAUCAGGGAAGCCCUCUUAGUCUUCCCAUGGGACACCGACGAGUUUCCGGAAAGCCCCCCUCAAACACACGAUGGGGAAUCUUCUGUAACUGUCAGUCUAGGAGAGCAGACGUCCCUCAAGGAAGACCUCAUACUGAUCUUCACAGCUUUGCCAGCCACUCCUGCUGCUUCGCAGUCUUUCGUUGGAGGUUCGCCGGAUAACCCAGGGGAAGAAAGAGAGUACCGGAAAACUCUUGGGGCUUUGAAAGAGGCUGCGAAGCUGCGCGGUAUUCAGCUCCUUAUUGUGAACACAGCGGUGGCACAUGGAGAGGGGCAUGGCAAAACGGCGGAGGAUGCAGGCAUAGACAACUUAGAGUCGGUGACACAAGGUGCGGGGAUCUGGACGAUUCCCCUACAGGCACUUGCUUUCGGUGGUGACAUUGCCCCCGCUUCUGCCACCCUGCCCGCUCUCUUUGGCCUUCCAGUCAAGCCUGUAGCAGAGUCCCCAGUCUGUAAUGCUUUCUUUGGUGAAAUAUCAACCCAGCUCUUUCAGCAGCUUCCAAACAGCAGUCCGAAGCCACCCCCCGCUCUUGCGGUCUUCGGCCCAAGUGCCACAGUUGCUCUCCUCCGCACGUCGGCUUCCUGUGAGAAGUGGUAUCAAGCUCCAAGGAAGGAUCUGGAUCGGCAGGAGCGAUACGCCCUCAGAAGCGUAGGUGGAGGCCAAGCUGCUGCUGACUUUGCAGACGUUCUCUGCCAGCUAAAUGAUCACCACAGCGUCCUCUUCCUCAAGGUUGAGGACGAGGCGUUUGCCUUUGAAGCCAUUUUGGAGCCCUGCAGUCCUUCGUGUGCAACGUUGACCCUGCGCCACGACAAGCGCUUGGGCUGGGCGCAGAUGCAGCUUGGAUUUCUCCCAGAGAGCGCCUGGAAAGCGGACUCCUGCCAACUUGUCGACGCGGUCGCUGAGAAGAUCCGCAGGAUGCAUGUGGCCUAUAAAGCCCAGUUUGAGCUAGAGCGGAAGUUGGCGGCGCUUCCAGGCAAAGAUUGCUCCGAAGCUCCGGAAGAGGCCCCCCGAGAGCAGGUGGUGGAGCGCAGGGCAGAGCUCCCCCAGACUCAGAAGCUGCCGCUUGCUGCGGAAAUUUUGUUGCCUGGCCAUCGGUGGGGGGGGAAAGAGGCAGACUACUGGCAGAGUGGGGGAGGCAAGAAGCACUCACAGCGCAGGCGGUCAAAGGAACGUGCAGAGGGGUCUAAAGGAUCGCACAGACGAUCGAGGGAGGGUACGGAUACGGCUGGGAGAUCCCAGCGGAGGCGGAAGAGUGAGUUGGUGGAGGGAGCGGAGAAAGUGGAAGGAGUGGAGAAGGGGGAAGAGGCACUGAGGCCUCAGGAAGAGGAGGCGGAGUCUGGACGAAAGGAAGGCCCUCAGAGGUCUGAGAACAAGAGCGCCUCGGCAGGGCAAACAUCGUCCGAUUUUCUCCUCGUUUCCUUCACAGAGGUGGCCAGACCAGUUCCCAGCAGCUUCAAGUCCCGCGUCGGCGGGCGCCAGGUGGCGGCUCUCCUCGGCCAGCAAGCUGUCGGAGGGACCGCCGCACCCUCCCAGGUGCCCAAGGCCCCCCCGGCGAGACCCCCUCGGCUUCCUGCGGGUCCCGCAGCGAGGCAGCCCGGAUCGGGCACCAGGCCGCUUGCUGACGUCAGCACACACGAGCGGAUGCGUCAUGCACCCCCCGCCAGCGGCAGGGGCCUUCCCUCAGCAGCGCAGGAAGAUUUGCAAGCGAGGCAGCCGGGAUCGGGCAGGCCGCUCGCUGACGUCAGCAGACGUCGUGGCCACGCAGCCAGCGGCAGGGGCCAUCUGUCGCCAGCGCAGGAAGAUCCGGAAGCGGUCCUGAAGGGUCUGAAGGAACAGGCCCGAGAGUUUGCAAAGGGGGGAACGGAAGGAAGUGCUGCGGACUUUGCGAGGCAGGUGGUCCGGAAAGCAGGACGUGUUCUCAUAAAGAAGGGGCAGGAGGGAGGGGCAAGUGGACCCCCCAAGAAGGAAGGUCCGUCUGGGCGGGGGGGUGGGAACCACGGAGACAGCUCGCAGGCGCUUGUGGUAUAUGAUCCGCUCGCAAACGGGGGGGUCGUGAAGGCUGGAUCCGAGGGAGGGAGGGUGGGCCAGGAUUUGAAACGGUUGUUUCUGUUGCCCCCCAAAAAGCUGACGAAGAAGUACGUGGGGUGCCGAGUGCCAGGGGAAGGGAGCAGCGGGAAAAACAAGGAAGGAUACUCGGUUGACGACAAGAUCAGGGAGCACACGCUCCAGAUCUUCCUCCGACUGGAGAUCCUGUGGGCCGAUCCCCCCCACUGGCGCACCCUCGCGGACUCUGACACUGAAACCGCUCAGGCAAAGCUCCAAAGGUCACUGGUGACGGAGAUCACGGAGCUUUUGAAGAACGUGGCCCCCAACCUCGCGGCAGGCAGUCCCGAGCAAGACUUCCUCGAUCGAGAAGUCAAGCCGAGGUACGGGUCCAAACUCCCGGACGUCCUGAACCACGUUUACCUCGACAACGAGCUGUCCGCCCCUUUCCCUGAGUGGCUCAAACCCCCGGCCGCACGCAAGCGAGAAGGGGGUGUGAAAAGGCUCCGGAAGCGGAAGCUCAAGCGGGCCCCGCUGGCCCCGCUGGAACCCGAUGUGAAUACGCUCCUGUUGCAAGAACGGGAGGACCGGAGGGCGCGAACGAACGGGGAGUCCCAGUUUGCACCAAUCGAUCCGAAGCGGGUGAUCACCCAACAGCUGGUCCUUCCGAAGCCCCCCCGCGGCAAAGACAAGCUGCGGCAGUCCAGCCGGCAGCUCCAAGGCCUGUUCAGCUCCGAGCCGGCCGGGUUCCGGUCCGCACCCAGCGGAAUCCGGUCCGACCAGAGCGGAUCGCCGCCACAGACCUCGUCGGACCUCACCGGCUUCCUGCGGGAGCGGAAACAAGUAGUUGGGGCCCGGCUUUCCGCGAGGGGGGAGCGAAGUGGCGGGCCAGGGGACCCCUCAUCAGGAGCGCCGCCCAACGGCGGUGCCUUGGCCCUGCUUGGGCCCCCGGAGAGUGCCGCUGCUGACGUCGGCAACGGGCUUCGACGAGGUUUCGCUGACGUCAGCGACGAGGCGCCCCUGCCCUCACGGGCGGACCGUGCCCCCGCGGAGGGCCAACUAGGAGCGGCGGUGCGGGGCAACCGUGCUUUUGGUGGGGGGAUGGAUGCUACGAAAGCUUUGCAGAUGGGGGGCGUGGCUGUGGCGGCAGGCGCACAAGCACCUGGGGAGCGCCAGUCCCGACGGUUAUGGAGUACGCUCAAGGAAAGCCGGCCGGCUGACAAAGGCGAGGGCCCGGAUCGAGGGCUGACGUCACUUGCGCCAGGGCAGCUUUUCGCCCUCGAGGGGGUGGAGAGACCGUCGCUCGGGGGGGAGGAAGAGGAGUGGGAAGACGAGGUUGAGGCUACCCCCUGGAAAGCUGGUGACGUGGAUGAAGAGGAUGGUUCCGAACGGGAAAGCCAGGAGAGCCCAGGAAAAAUGACUGGGUUGAAUCUGGAGAGUGUCCUGGACAGGGCGGGUGCGAGAGAGAGCCCGGUGGAAACAACCGGGUUCGAGGGGGAGUCUGAAGAAGGCGUCCUGCGCACGGGGGAUCCAGCGGAAGACAGCGGCGCACAGGCGGAGAGCGAAAAGGCGCCCCUGGCGGUCGCUACAAGCUUACCGGAAGCUCCCUUGGAUGAGGACGUGUCCGGGGGGCCUGAGGGAGAGGCCGUGCCGGAAGCGGGGGGCCACGUAGAGGUUAAGCACGAGGUGAUCAGUGCCCCCCCCGAGGCAGUCCAGGAGGAAAGACCCCCCCCGAAACGGGAGGCUGCUGGCGACGCGCCGACGUCUGAAGCGAAGCCGGAAGCGACCCCUGAGAAGCAAUCUCCAAGUUUUGAGACUCCGUCUCAGGACCCCAUUCACACUCCUGGCGACACGCCUCUCACCCGCCAAGAGGAGCCCUCGUCCGAGGAGACCACCCCGCCGAGCAAAAGGGGCCGCGGCCAGGGAUCCCUCGGGAAGAGGAAGAGAGGGAAGGGCAGCGCCGUUGGGAGACGGACACGUGCCAGCACGUCAGGCGAUGGGGGCCUCCGGUCGGGAAGGAAGCUCCGAAAGCCGGAUCCGACCUGGUUCAAAGCCAGGAAGACGCCGCCGAAAGCCGCGCGCGAGUUGGACUGUGGCGAGAAGCGGGCGAGCGACCGGAAGCGGGACCCGACAAUCGGAACGGAAUCGCCGGGAGUGGAGGCGUCCGCAAAGGUGUGCGCGCCGGAGAGCGGCGAGAGUGGGGCAAGCGAGCGGAAGCAGAGACGGACGUCCGGAACGGAAACGCCGAACAGGGGUGCGUCAAUGGAAUUGGAGGGGGGCUCGGUCGGGGUGCGGUUGGUGUCAAAGAAGGGUGCGUCCGGGAAAUGCACACCGGUGGGCGGGUCUGCGCCUGGGGAAAAGGCGUCCGAAGAGGAAUGUCCGGUCGGGGUGGCGUCCGAAAAGCAACCCCCAGGAGGAGGAUUGGGACCAAUGCUUACGAGAAGACGGGGGCUGGGGAAAGACUCCGCAGAAAGCUCCCCUGGUGAUGGACACCCGAAGCGCCCCUCUGAGCCUGCGGAAGCAAGCCCGUCCUCGGUUCAGGGGGGUAGCUCGGCACCGACGUCAGAUGCGACUCCACCCCCCCGGAGCAGGACACCUCUCGCCCAAAGGGAUCCCCCUGACGAGAGCCCAUUACGCCGCUACAGCAACGGAAAAGCAGCGAGAGCAAGAGGAAAAGCGGAGUGCGGUGGUACCGACGAGGAGACACGUGGCAACGCGACGAAAGACGAGGGGGAGGGUUUCAAGCCAGUAGAGACCGGCGAUCAACCUCGGUGGAGCACGAGGCAAUCGCCGCUGGCGUCAGCGUGCGUGCCGGACAGCGCCCAGAAGCGCGCCAGCAGCCGGAAGCGGAAACGGACGUCCGAGAACGGAACGCCCGGCGGGGCUGCGUCCGACAGCACGGACGGGGGAGCAGUUGGAACCGGCGGCGUGGCAACGCUGGUGACGUCAGCCUGCGUGUCGGAUACGAUCGGGUCCGCUCGGAAGCGGAAACGGCCGUCCGGAAACGGAACGCCAGAGGGUGCAGCGUCCGGAACGGUGGAAAGGGCGUCGGUGGGAAAUGAGACCUGGCCGGAGCCUGUCUCGGAGAAGGCGGGAUCCGCGAAAGGUGCACCAGGAGGGAAGGUUGCGCUCGGGAAAAAGGCCUCGGGAGAGCAGCGUGCGAUGGAAGGGAAAGGGAUGGGAAAGUCGAAGCAUAGAGGGUCCGGGAUUUUGGGGGCAGGAAAGGUUUCCUCCGUGAAGGGGGAGGGGUGCUCUGAACCACAGGCCGGCCACGUGUUCGCAGCUAGCCCCAGUUUGACCUCAGGCGAUCAGUCUCCGGGUUCCUUGGAUUUGCCACCUAACCAGGGGAGCAAGUUUCACCCUGGGAAAACGCAACCCUUCGUGAAGAGGCCCACCCUUCCGAGUGCAAGCCCGUCCCCUGGCGCAUCCGUGAGAAGAGAAACGAGAGCGGGGGGAAAGGCGAAGGAGGCAGCCAGUGCACCAGCUGGGAAAGGAACGGCUGGGGAGCGAGAGACGGGGACAGCUGCCGAGACGGCCAACGAACCAGCCAGGAAGGAAACGAGAGCGUGGAGGGAGGCGAAGAAGGCGGCCAGUACACCAGCUGGGAGGGUAACGAGACCGGACGGGAAAGCGGAGGAUUCUGCCGCUAUACCGGGCGGAGGUGGAACGAGAGCGGGGGGAAAUGUGGAAGAGGUCGCCGCUUCACCGGGCGCGAGAGAAACGAGAGCUGGGGCGGACGUCCAGGAGGCUGCUGCUACACCUGUUGGAAAGGAAACGAAAGCGGAGGAAGAAGCGGAGGGGGCUGCCGCUACACCGGGCCGGAGAACAACGAGAGCGGGGGGGAAAGUGGAUGAGGCUGCUGCUACACCGGUUGGAAAGGAAACGAGAGCGGAGGGAGACGCAGAGGGGGCUGCCGCUACACCUGUUGGGAGGGGAACGAGGGCGGGGAGGAAACCGGAGAAGACACCGACUGGCAAGGCGACAGAAGCGAGAGGGAACAAGGAGGAGGUCAAUGCAACACCGGUUGAGAGGAGAACGAGAGCGGAAGGGAAAGCGGAGGCGGUAUCAACCGGCGGGGAAACGAGAGCGGGGAGGAAAACGGAGAGCAUUACCGUGGCGCCAGAUGGCAAGGAACUGAGAGCGAGGGAAAUGGUGCAGAAGGGGAACGCAGCAACGGUUGGGAAGGAAACGAGAGCGGAGGGAAAAGUGUUAGAGGCUGGGGCGACACGUGGAUUGGUGACCCCUGGCAAAGCGCCCGGCUUGCGGUCCGAGACAAAGGCCCGCGAGUUGAGCGGCUCGUCUUUGCGGAGCGGGAAGAAACUGCCGCCGACGUCAGCGUUCGUGCCGGACAGUGAGGAGAAGCAGAGCAGCGCACGGAAGCGGAAACGAACUUCCGAAGACGGAACGGCAGCGUCCGAGAGAUCUGACGGGGGCUCGGUGCGGGGAGCGGCUGCGAAUGGGAGUGCGUCAAAGAAGGUGGUGUUCAGAAACGAAGUGCCCGGGGGAGCGGGGUUUGUGCCCGGGGGAAAAGCGUCCGGAAUGGAGCGUACGGUUGCGAGAGCGUCCGAAAAGAGUCCGGGAGAGGAGGGUGCGACCGGGAAGACGCGUUCAGCGAAGGUAACGCAAACAGCGAGGACGAGGAAUGAGCCGGAGUUGGGGAAGGAUCCGGCGGCCUUUGAUCGGGGCGCCCGCAGAAAGUCGUCUGCAAAGGAAGGGUUGGGAAGCGAGUCGUCGGGAGGAAGGGAUGCAAAGACUGCGUCUCCGGUCGCUGCGGCGCCCGGGAAGGGAACACGGUUUACGGAUCCGCCGAAAAAGGCGUCCCCGGCAGAUGGUGCACCGAAAACAGUCUCCCCGUCGAAAGUGGGGCCCAAAAAGCAGUCGCCGGUGAGUGGAAAGUCGGGCGAAAAGGCUCCGGGGAAGAAAGUGGAAAAGGGGGCACGAGGGACGCCUGGAACCAGGGCCUCGAAGCGGGGAAAGUCUGGCAAGCGGCGAUCCGAACGGAUGUCGCUCACGGGAGAGGCGGGGGAGACGAUGGAACGGGCGAAGCGGCGCAAAGAAGCGGCGUUUGAAGCAUGGGAAGGACACUGAUAGAGGCAGCAGAGGAUAUGUGAAGCACGCUUCAACCAACUGACAUUCAAAUCAGGGAGGCAGCGUGUUUGCUUUGCCGCGAUCUCCUUAUGAAUUUUCUGCAAGUUGAUUCGUAACGGUUGAGGCCAGCCAAAGGACCCCAUUAUUACAGCUAGUAACGGUUUUGCGUAUUGCGGACUGCGCGCAGCCAAAG